ACGGGGUACACAUUCCUGGCUGUUGUUGGUAUAAGAAGCAAAUUUAGGGGAGGGAGAGUAUAUCUGAAUUUUUCUCUUUGUCCUCAUUCUACUCAUCAACUCUUUUUUUGAACACCUUCAUGGGCAACUUGAUUUCAACAACAGUUACGGUCUAUGCGCUCGUGGCCGUGAUGCCGGUGGCGAGUCUCCUCCUGGUCCAGAAGCUCAAUGAGAAGAAUCCUGUCCCCGCUGUUAUUGGCUCAGAGGGCUGGAUCGCGUCUCUCAAGGCUGCGCGCUACUUUAUCGAGGAGCCGAUGAAGGUCGUGCAGCAGGGUUACGACGAGUACAACGGCGGCGUGUUCCGAAUCCCUCGUCGCUGGCGCUGGGACUACAUCGUCUCGGGCAACCAGCGCAUCAAGGAAGUCAGCUCGGCUCAGGACGACGUCCUAUCCGCCAUUGAUGGAGGGGGGGAGGUCAUCCAAGCGAGAUACACGCAGGGCCACGAGUUGUUGGACAACCCGUAUCACAUCGCGACCGUCCGCACGAGUCUGACCCGCAAUCUGGGCAGGAUUUUCCCUGAAGUGAGGGACGAGAUUGAGUGCGCGUUCGACGACGUAUUUGCGCUCCCUGAAGACGACUGGAAACUUAUUCCUGUUCUUCCGUCCAUCAUGAAAGUGAUCGCGCGGACCAGCAACCGUCUCUUCGUCGGACUUCCCUUGUGCAGAAAUGAAGAAUAUCUCCGCUUGAAUGUCAUCAAUACGAUCGAGGUCGUCGAACGCGGUCAGCAGCUGGCCGCCUACCCGGACUUGAUCAAACCGCUCGUCGCGCCGUUCAUCGUCACGAGACAGAAGCGCAUGCGCGAGAUGCUGGGAAUUUUGGGGGGCACGAUCGAAGACCGCAUCGCGAAGGACAAUGCGCUUGGUCCUAAUUAUGAAGGCAGACCUAACGAUAUGAUCUCCUGGCUUCUCGAACUUGCCGACGCCGAGGGUAGAACCCCUGACCGUAUCGCGGGACGCAUCUUGUCACUCAACAUGGCUGCGAUCCACACAACGUCAAUGGCUCUCACGCACGCUAUCUUCUAUAUCACCACCUACCCGGAAUACCUCGAGCCUAUCCGUGAAGAAGUCGAGAACGUCAUCCGGGCGGAAGGCUGGACCAAGUCAGCGCUGAAUAGCAUGCACAAGCUGGACAGCUUCGUCAGAGAGACACAACGCAUGGAGGGCAACGGACCAGUGACCAUGGCUCGCAAAGUCAUCGGAAAGGACGGAUUCACGUUCUCGGACGGAAUCAAUGUGCCUCGCGGAUCAUUCAUUUACGUUUCUGCCAAACCCAUCCACUACGAUGCUAACUUGCACGAGAACCCCAGGGUCUUCAACGGGUUCCGGUACUCGCAACUCCGCGACGAAAAGGCCGACAAGCACACCGUCGAGGAAGGCAUCUUCAACAGCCACAUGAUUACGACGAGCAUGGAACACCUCACCUUCGGGCACGGAAAGCACGCCUGCCCUGGGCGGUUCUUCGCGGCGACUGAGAUCAAAGCGAUGUUGGCACACAUUCUCGUCAACUUUGAUAUCAAAGCCGAGGUGCCUGGUGUGCAUCCUCCCAGUGAUGAGCAUGGGAUGGUUGCGGUGCCAAAUCAGAAGGCGGGGAUCUUUGUUCGUAAACGCCAGCUGUGAUUUACUGUAUGGUCUCCACGCGAAUGUCUAGAACGUAACAACGUACACUCUCCUUUAUAUAAUCUUUCUUAUAAUUAGACACUCCUCUUUCAGUUGUGACUGAUGUCCAUGAUUUAA